AUGCUGGAUGAUGAUGAUGAAAGUUGUCUUCCGUCUUUGAAAAGUGCUAUUAUUGAUAGACAAAGACAUGAAAUUAAUCUUCAGUCGUCGCAUGAGCUUAUCAAACAGCUUCACGAUCACUUCAUUUUAGUUGACGGAUAUCAAGGUGGCCCUCGAAAUUUCUACAGCCAUUUCAAAAAGCAAUAUUCUGAACUCUGUAGCAUGAGCAUUGCAAUGUUCAAUCCUUCCGGGUAUCAAAUUGACGAUGACUAUGAAACAGAAACGGUCAUCAAUGAAGAAGGAAAUGCAUUGGGCUAUUCAUUCUUUGAGAAUACUGAUAACUUCGCUUUGAUAGACUUCUCAGAUAAGUUGAGUGAAAACAAUCCAGAGCAAGCCAAGGAAUUCUGGCCGGUGAAUGAAAAUAGUGAAGUCGAUCUGCAAAAAAAUGGGCUUGGAGAAUUUUCAACUGAAGAACCUAUUGCGGAGGCUGAUCAAAACACUAUAUCAAACCUAAACGGACAUUUCGUUCCCUACGGGAAUAAAUGUAUCAAGAGAGUUGUACGUACGCUCUUUUCUUUGUGCGGGUUUCCGGCUGGAUUUUUAGUUACCGAUGAUUUGGAAUUUGAUCUGAAAGUUCUCGCAUAUGGCCUUUGGGAUGCCGAGAAGGAUAAAUUCCAGAUAAUACGUGAACGGUAUCGGGAGAUCGCCUUUCUCAGAAACCUAAUCAGGGAUGCGAGGCGCGAUUGGAACCUCUGUACACUUGAAAACAAAAGAUUGCAAGAGCAUCUUCAAAGAGACAUGUCUCAAAUAUCCAGUUUGAAAGCAGAAAUCGAAAAGCUUCAAGAAAAAGUGCUUGAACAAAGUGCAAAUUCGAAGAUUGUUGAAUCAAGACAAAAAAGAAUGCGGGAAAUUGUCGCUGACAAUUUGCAGCUUCAUCAGAAAGUUGCCAUUUUGGAGUCAUCCGCGGACUUUCGAGCCAACCCAGGAAGAAGGGCAAGGUUCUACAACUAUAAGCUGACUAAGCAAGAGGAAAGGAAUGAAAUUUUAGUUAAAGAUUUGAGAGCUGCUGAAAAAGAGCUCGAUAACCGCGCUGCUCUUCUUAUUAAGUACGAGACUGCGAAGGCCAAAGUGAAAGAAAUGCAAGCGCGUACCCUAGAAAGAGAGAAGCUGAUUCUGUAUCUAGAACAGAAAUUAAAUCAAAAAGAGGAAACAUCAUUGUCUCUCGAGUCACUCAGGAUGGACGUUGCUGAGCUAACCAAAAAGAAUAGAACUCUCGUUUUAGAGAAUGAAAGGCUUAGAUUGCAAGAAAAUGGCAUAAGGGCAGCUCAGUACCAGGACAAAAAAACAAAUGAAUUAUUUAAACUGUGUGUUGACAAGAUCCAGAAUAAGUAUUUGGAAUCUGUUGAAAUCCAGAGGUCUUAUAAAAAGGAAUGUGAUCGCUUGGCCUCCUUGGAUCAAGAUUAUCGACAACGUAUAGUUGAGGAGCAUAAUGAAAACCAAAGAAAACUAUUUGAACAUGAGUCUAAUAAAAAACAAUUGGAAUCUCAGCUGAAGUCUAUGAUUGAUCGCGUUAAGUUCUACAAAGACAAGAGUGAUCAGCUGCAAAACAAUUUGAAUCAGGAGAUUUUGAAAAAAAGUAAACAUGAACGAUUUAAGGAGGCAUUUUUAAGCUCUUCACUAUUUGUUAGAAGUAAAAGUGCGGGGGUAAAUGCUGUGGAAAGGUCGUAUACACCUCGCGCUUUUGCAAGUAGAGAAAUCAGCACGGCCUGCUCGCUUCCUGCUCCAAGGAAGAAUCACGUCCUCCCAGAAUCUAUAAAAAUAUAA